AUGAAAUCAAUCUUAGUUACAUUAAUCACCAUCUUACUAUUUAUCACCACCACCAACGCUGGUAUCUUUAAUUCAAAAGGAGAUGUCAAAGCAAUAGACAUAGAUCGAUUGAAAAAACAUUUAAAAACUUCAAGUAAAGGUACAUUUGUUGCUUUCUAUGCUCCUUGGUGUGGUCAUUGUAAAAGUCUUCAACCUGAAUUCGAAAAAGCUGCAACAAAUGUCAAGAAUUUAGUCGUCUUUGCUGCUGUAGAUUGUGAUGCAGAUCAAAAUAAGGCAUCAUGUGGUCGAGAUUAUGGAGUCAAAGGUUUUCCUACAAUUAAAUAUUUUCCAGGUACACCAGUAGCCAUGGAUUAUGAUCAAGAAAGAAAAGCUAAAUCAAUGGUAGAUUAUUCAUUAAGAUUCAUGCCAACGUUUGCCAAGAAAAUUAAAUCUAAAAAAGAUUUACAAGAGAAAAUCUCAAAAUCAUCUAAUGACCGACCAUUAGUGGUACUUUUCACCACUGCUACUGCUACUACUCCUACUUUCAAAUCUUUAUCUAGUGUGUUCCACAAAAAGAUGGAAGUUUAUACAGCUACACCAAAAGCGAUUGGAGAAGAAACAGCCAAAGAACUUUUUUCAAUGGAAAGUAUACCAGGUUUAAUUGUUUUCAAAGGAAACACAGAUUAUGAAAAGUUUAAAGGAAAGAUGAAUUAUAACACAUUAUAUGAAUUUAUUAAAAAAGAACUUCAACUUGCUGAAAAAUCAAAAUCUGAAAAUCAAAAAGCUAAAGAUGAAUUAUGA